AUGCUGAAAAAAUGGAUUUCCUUAGACUAUCAAAAAUUAUGCAGAAUAGUACACCAUGAGGAAAAAGAAAGAGGUAGACCCAGGCACCGACAGCCGAAUGAUCUGGAGGAAGACUUGAGGAAAAUGGGGAUUAGAAAUUGGAGGAACCUGUGGACCGCGAAGAGUGGAGAAAAGGGCAGAGCCUCAGGUCCUACAAAGAGUGUAGCGCCCAUUGAAGAAUAA